UGGUGAUAUGGGUUCUUGGAUUUAUGCUUCUAUUUUUCGUUGUGUUCUGUAAAACCAACGAAGCAUAGCAAGAAUUAUUCUGGCUAGUCAAAGGUUUCUGUGUCUGAAUUGAUUAUCACAGUGGGUGUUUGAUUUCCCCCCUUUGUGUCAGUGUGUUAGUGUGGGCUUUAAGGGCCUGUUUGGUUGUGUUUUUGUAUUCUGUUUAAGUGCUUUUCCUUCAUUAUAGUUUCUGUUGCCUCCCCAUCUUUGUGUGUGUGUCACAUGUUGGUGAAAAUCAGUUAUUUACGACAUUUGGUGAUAUGGGUUGUUGCCUUGCUGCUUCUAUUUUCCAUUUGGUUUUGUAAAACCUCGAAGCAUUGCAUGAACUUUUCUGGGUUGUCACUUGUCAAGGUUUCUGUAUCUAAAAUGAUGACCAAAAUCGGUGUUUUUCAUUUUUCCCCAUUGUGUGUGGUCUUUAAGGGUCUUGUUUGGUUGUGUUUUGUUUUCUGUUUAAGUGCGUGCUUUCCCUUAAUUCUAGUUAACGAAGUGGUGAAGAGUUCAUAAACACCGCAACAAGUAACGCUCAGCUUGCUGAAUUAUAUUGUGAUAAAUGGUAAUUACUCUGCCCGACCAUUGUUUUGUAGGAGACCUUGAGAGAGCAUACUUGAUUUGCUUCCCUAAACUUGGAGCGAUCAGGGUAAAUGGAUUAAUGGUGAAGCAAAGGUCAUGCUUCUACCACCUUCCUGACUCGUUGCCAAUGAAGCAUGCUUUCCAGGGUUUAAGAGGAACAUGGUUUAUUCACGCGGAAGCACAUCCUUGGAGUGAUUCUAAUGAGUCAGGUUUAUCAGAAUGUGUUGUUGCAGAAAUCAGAGAUAGAACUUCUAAUAGUAUAAAGGUUACUGAUUCUCUUGAACCUAAAAUCCCGGUGUCAAGUGCGAACAAGAAUCAUGUGAACUGCAAAAGAAAGAAAAAUGGGAUUAAAAGAAUUCCAUACGCGAAAGUUGCACUCCAAGUGAUUCUAGCAAACACCCACCGUUCAAAAAAGAAGAAAAGGAAGAGGGUAACGGAAAAUUGCUCUCUACAUUGUACAGUGAAAGGGCUCGAGAAGGGCUGCCUUAGUAGAAAUGGAGGUGACACUGCUGAAGAGAGGGAAUUGAGUGCAAUAUUGGAGAACCAUAGCGAGACAUUAUCAGAAUCGUUAUCCGUUUCAGGCAUCAUCAAGAAAUACUUUUCUGAUUACGAGGAGGUGAGUUUAAGGUCCAAUUUUACAUCUAGAGCAAACCAAAGUCAACGUAAAAAGCAAUUGACGACUAGAACAGAUAGUAAUUGCUUGAAGUCAAAAGUUAGUGGAAUUUCGCAGUUUACGCCCAAGACUCCUCCAAGAGUGUUGCCUUUUCCGUUGUCUACUGAUCUUAGUUCCAAAACCUCAAGGAAUAUAGUUAAGAGAACUGGAGUUGGAAAUCGUCUUGUUGUGGCCUCAAAUAAUCUCGGGAUAUCUGUAAAAUCUGCAACGGGUCUCUGUAGAUUCGGAGAUCGAAAGUUAUCAGUGCCCAAAUCUAGUUCCUUUGUUAGAAGUAUAGUUUUUGAAAUUAGUGACAGUGAUGAAUGAAUAAUGUUGAGGUAACACUCUCUGGUUAGACUCUCGUGAAAUGGAUACACUUCUGCGGAGAAGGUUGGACAUUGCAGCAAGCCAGUUACUAGUGCUUCAGUAGCUGAAAAGCUUGGAACUUCGAGGGCUUCCACGAUGCAGUCUGUAAAAUUUAACGUUCAUUGACACGAUUGGGACCCUUUUUCAGGUUCAGUUUUAUAUCCGGAUAUUGUUCGUAUGAGGUAAAUGAUGUCGACAAGGGUACUGAAAAAGUCGAUUAUAUAUGACUUAAUGCUCUACAGCCAAUGUAGGCUGCUAGGCGGAACACAUCAGUUUUCGCAAUGAUGCUUUGGGUUGAGAAGGAAUUCCCCAACCCUGUUUGUGCAACCAUUUUUUGCUUUGAAUCGUCUAAUAUGUUGUCUUUGAUCUAUGAUUCACGGAUAUGAACAAGACAAGUAUUGUAGCCAAAGCAAUGUAGUUUGGAUAAUGUUUUGUUGAGGUUUGAGUCUCCAGGUUGUUGGUAUGAAAUGUAGGAAAAUGUUGAAUGUUUCUGGGAAAUUUUUGAAAUUGGUCUGAAAAUUUCUCGUGUAUUUGAGUUUUAAAGUGUUUUGAGUUUGUGUGGAAUAAGAAGGAUCACAAGUGUGCUUCAUCUUGCAA